AGGUCUCUCGCUCAAUGAAGGGAGCACAGAUUGUAUGACCGGAUCUGCUUCAAUGAAAGGCGUUAGGAUCCGCUUUUGCCGAUAAAUAAUUAUCGCAACAAUAAAACCAUUCGAGGAUAACUAUCGCUAUUUCCGCACAAGCGACCACAGCCAUGAGUGCAGGAGAGGGACUGGAUGAGGCUGCGAAGGACGCGGCAGACAUAGCGGCGUUUUUCAAAUCCGAUUGCUCUCUUCCAAAAUGUGAAUCCAAACUGGAUGGCCCAGGUCAAACCUCAGGGUUUCAUCGCAAUGAGGAUAUGAAGGCCAUUGAUGUGCUUCCCAUCCUCAAGGAGAAGGUCGCCUUUCUCUCAGGUGGCAGAGACAGACGUGGAGGUCCCGUUCUCACCUUUCCAGCACGGAGCAACCAUGACAGAAUACGACCUGAGGACCUGCGCAGGCUCAUAGCUUACCUGGCUACUAUUCCCAGUGAGGAGGUGGCCAGACAUGGCUUCACAGUCAUUGUGGACAUGCGUGGUUCUAAGUGGGACAGCAUCAAGCCUCUGCUGAAGAUCCUCCAGGAGUCUUUCCCGUCGUGUAUCCACGUCGCACUCAUCAUCAAACCGGACAACUUCUGGCAGAAACAGAGGACCAACUUCGGCAGCUCCAAGUUUGAAUUUGAGACGGUGAUGGUCUCCUUAGAGGGUUUAUCCAAGAUUGUGGACCAAUCCCAGCUGACAGCUGACUUUGAGGGCAGUUUAGAGUACAACCAUGAUGACUGGAUUGAGGUGCGGCUGUCUUUUGAGACCUUUGCCAGCGAUGCAGCGCGCACACUGGCACGCUUUGAAGAGCUCCAGGAAACCUUGUCCCUGCGUGAUCUACCGCGGGACCUUGAGGGGGCUCGGCGGCUCAUGGAAGAACAUGCUGGGCUCAAGAAAAGGGCCACUAAGGCAUCGGUGGAGGACCUGGAUGCGCAGGGACGCAGGCUGCUACAAAGGCUACAGUUACAAACUGCAGGAGGUGGAAGUAGCAUUGAAAGCGGGUACCGCAGUGGUGGAGCUAGUGGAGAUUCCAACGACCACCAUCACGGCUUCCAUGCGCAUGCGGACGUACACAACCUAGUAGCUAAAGUGACGGGUUUGUUGGAUAAACUGCAUGGGAUGCGGCAGAAUCUGCAGCAGCUGUGGCACAUGAGGAAACUAAAGCUGGACCAAUGUUUCCAGUUGCGUCUGUUCGAACAGGACGCAGAGAAGAUGUUCGACUGGAUCAUGCACAACAAGGGCCUCUUUCUCACCAGUUACACAGAGAUCGGAGGGAACCACCAGCAUGCUGUAGAACUGCAGACCCAGCACAACCACUUUGCCAUGAAUUGCAUGAAUGUGUAUGUGAACAUCAAUCGGAUCAUGUCAGUCGGGAACCGGCUCCUGGAGUCGGGCCACUACGCCUCCCAGCAGAUCCAGCAGAUCUCAGGACAGCUGGAGCAGGAGUGGAAGGCCUUCGCUGCAGCACUGGACGAACGCAGCACCCUGCUGGAGAUGUCAGCCAGCUUCCACCAGAAAGCAGACCUGUACAUGAGUAAAGUGGAGCCAUGGUGUAAGGCAUGUGGUGAAGGAGAGCUGCCCUCUGAACUUCAAGAUCUGGAAGACACAAUCCAUCAUCACCAGGGACUAUAUGAGCACAUCACAACAGCAUACUCUGAGGUGAGCCAGGAUGGGAAGUCUCUUUUGGACAAACUACAGCGUCCGUUGACCCCAGGAAGUGCUGAUUCAUUGAUGGCAUCGGCUAACUACUCCAAGGCUGUUCACCACGUCUUAGACAUCAUCCAUGAAGUGCUGCAUCACCAGAGGCAGCUAGAAAACAUCUGGCAGCAUCGCAAAGUCCGCCUGCACCAACGGCUGCAGCUGUGUGUCUUUCAGCAGGAUGUGCAGCAAGUGCUGGACUGGAUAGAAAACCACGGCGAGGCCUUCCUCAGUAAACACACUGGUGUUGGGAAGUCUUUACACAGAGCCAGGGCUCUACAGAAGAGACAUGAAGACUUUGAGGAGGUUGCACAGAACACCUACACCAAUGCUGACAAGUUGCUAGAGGCAGCAGAGCAGCUGGCCCAGACUGGAGAGUGUGACCCAGAGGAAAUUUACCAGGCUGCACAUCAGUUAGAAGAUCGCAUCCAGGACUUUGUGCGACGUGUCGAGCAGCGUAAAGUCCUGCUGGACAUGUCUGUUGCCUUUCACACACACGUCAAAGAGCUGUGGACGUGGUUGGAGGAGCUUCAGAAGGAACUGCUGGAUGAUGUGUAUGCAGAGUCGGUAGAAGCAGUGCAGGACCUGAUCAAACGCUUCGGCCAGCAGCAGCAGACCACCCUGCAGGCUACUGUCAAUGUCAUCAAGGAGGGAGAAGACCUCAUACAACAGCUCAGAGACUCGGCCAUCUCGAGCAACAAGACUCCCCACAACAGUUCCAUGGCCCACAUCGAGAGCGUGCUGCAGCAGCUGGAUGAGGCCCAGGGCCAGAUGGAGGAGCUGUUCCAAGAAAGGAAGAUCAAACUGGAGCUCUUCCUCCAGCUCCGCAUCUUUGAAAGGGACGCCAUUGAUAUCAUCUCAGACCUGGAGUCAUGGAACGAGGAACUGUCCCAGCAGAUGAGUGAAUUUGACACAGAGGACCUGACACUGGCUGAGCAGAGGCUACAGCAUCAUGCAGACAAGGCGCUUACUAUGAACAACCUCACCUUUGACGUCAUCCACCAGGGACAAGAGUUGCUGCAGUAUGUCACAGAGGUCCAGGCGUCUGGUGUGGAGCUUUUAUGUGACAGAGACGUGGACAUGGCCACACGGGUCCAGGGCUUGCUGGAGUUUCUCCACGAGAAGCAGCAGGAGUUGGACUUGGCAGCAGAGCAGCACAGGAGACAUCUGGAGCAGUGUGUCCAAUUAAGACAUCUGCAGGCUGAAGUCAAACAGGUGCUGGGUUGGAUCCGUAAUGGGGAGUCCAUGCUGAACGCUGGUCUGAUCACAGCCAGUUCUUUACAAGAAGCUGAACAGUUGCAGAAGGAACAUGAACAAUUCCAACAUGCAAUAGAGAAAACCCAUCAGAGUGCGCUGCAGGUACAGCAAAAGGCUGAGGCCUUACUCCAGGCAAACCACUACGACAUGGAUAUGAUCAGAGACUGUGCCGAAAAGGUGGCAGACCACUGGCAGCAGCUGAUGCUGAAGAUGGAGGACCGACUGAAGCUGGUUAAUGCUUCUGUGGCCUUCUACAAGACCUCUGAACAGGUGUGCAGUGUGUUAGAAAGCCUGGAGCAGGAGUAUAAGAGAGAAGAAGACUGGUGUGGUGGUGCUGAUAAACUGGGCCCGAACUGCGAGUCGGAUCACGUCACUCCCAUGAUCAGCAAACAUCUGGAACAGAAAGAGGCCUUCCUCAAGGCCUGUACGUUAGCCAGGCGUAAUGCUGAUGUCUUCUUGAAGUACCUGCACAGGAACAGUGUCAACAUGCCUGGCAUGUUGUCCCACGUCAAAGCUCCAGAGACUCAGGUUAAGAAUAUCUUAAAUGAGUUGCUGCAGAGAGAGAACAGAGUGCUCCAUUUCUGGACCAUGAGGAAGCGGAGGCUGGACCAGUGCCAGCAAUAUGUGGUGUUUGAACGCAGCGCCAAACAGGCCCUGGAGUGGAUCCAUGACACCGGGGAGUUUUACCUGUCCACACACACAUCCACCGGAUCCAGCAUUCAUCACACACAGGAGCUGCUAAAAGAGCAUGAAGACUUUCAGAUCACAGCGAAGCAAACCAAAGAGCGGGUAAAGCUGUUGAUCCAGCUGGCGGAUGGGUUUUGUGACAAGGGCCACGCCCAUGCCCUGGAGAUAAAGAAAUGGGUGUCCUCAGUGGACAAGCGCUACAGGGACUUCUCUCUCCGCAUGGACAAAUAUCGAACCUGCUUGGAAACAGCACUCGGCAUUUCUUCCGACUCCAACAAGGCUAGUAAAGAGCUGCAACUGGACAUCAUUCCAGCCAGUGCUCCAGGGUUAGAGGUCAAGUUGAGGGAUGCUGCCCAUGAACUCAACGAGGAGAAGAGGAAGUCAGCACGAAGGAAAGAAUUUAUAAUGGCCGAGCUGAUUCAAACAGAGAAAACUUACGUCAGAGACCUACGGGAAUGUAUGGAUACGUACCUGUGGGAGAUGACCAGCGGGGUGGAGGAGAUUCCACCUGGUAUUGUCAACAAGGAACACAUCAUCUUUGGGAACAUGCAAGACCUCUAUGAGUUUCAUCACAAUAUCUUCCUGAAGGAGUUGGAGAAGUAUGAGCAGCUUCCAGAGGAUGUCGGCCAUUGUUUUGUGACUUGGGCUGAUAAGUUCCAAAUGUAUGUGAACUACUGUAAGAACAAGCCCGACUCCACUCAGCUCAUCUUGGAACAUGCAGGACCCUAUUUUGAUGAAAUCCAGCAAAGACAUCGCCUGGCCAACUCCAUCUCCUCCUACCUGAUCAAACCAGUCCAGAGAAUCACCAAAUACCAGCUCCUUCUGAAGGAGUUGUUGACAUGCUGUGAGGAGGGUAAAGGGGAGAUAAAGGAUGGUCUUGAAGUCAUGCUCAGUGUCCCCAAGAGAGCCAAUGAUGCCAUGCACCUCUCUAUGUUGGAUGGGUUUGAUGGGAACAUCGACUCCCAGGGAGAGUUGAUACUUCAGGAUUCCUUCCAGGUAUGGGACCCCAAGACUCUGAUCCGGAAGGGUCGCGACCGACACCUCUUCCUCUUCGAGAUGUCCCUGGUCUUCAGCAAAGAAGUCAAAGACUCCAACGGGCGCAGCAAGUACCUGUACAAGAGCAAGCUCUUUACCUCAGAGCUUGGAGUGACAGAACAUGUGGAGGGAGAUCCUUGUAAGUUUGCCCUGUGGGUGGGCAGAACCCCGACCUCGGACAACAAGAUCGUCCUCAAGGCUUCAAGUAUUGAGAACAAGCAGGACUGGAUCAAACACAUUCGGGAGGUCAUCCAGGAGCGAACUGUCCACCUGCGUGGAGCUCUGAAGGAGCCCAUCCACAUUCCUAAAGCCACCACAGCUAAACAUAAAGGCAGACGGGACGGAGAGGAGCUGGACAGCCAGGGAGAUGCCAGCAGCCAACCGGAUACCAUCUCCAUCGCAUCACGUACAUCCCAGAACACACUGGACAGUGAUAAGCUGUCCGGUGGCUGUGAGUUGACGAUGGUGAGCCAUGACUUUGUGGCCAGUAAUGGUGGCAGCAGUGGGGAGCUGACGGUGCGGCGAGGCCAGACUGUGGAGGUUCUGGAGCGACUCCACGACAAACCGGACUGGUGCCUGGUGCGGACCACCGACCGCUCUCCAGCCCAGGAAGGCAUCGUACCCUGCUCCAUGCUCUGCAUCGCUCACUCCAGGUCCUCCAUGGAGAUGGAGGGGCUAUUCAACCACAAAGACACCUUGUCUGUAUCCAGUAACGACGCCCUACAACCAGGCUCCAGCCAUACCAUAGGUCAUCACAGCUCACCAGGCCCCAAACGUCCUGGGAACACCUUACGGAAGUGGCUGACCAGCCCCGUGCGGCGGCUGAGCUCCGGUAAGGCUGAUGGCCACGUCAAGAAGCUCGCGCACAAGCACAAGAAGAACCGCGAUGGCACGAGGAAGAACAUGGACACAAUGGCCUCGCAGAAAGACUCUGAUGACAGCGCCGCCACGCCACAGGAUGAGACACUGGAGGAACGUAUGCGUAAUGAGGGGCUGAGCAGUGGUACCCUGUCCAAGUCUUCCUCAUCAGGCAUGCAGAGCUGCGGUGAGGAGGAAGGAGAGGAGGGGGCGGAUGCUGUCCCUCUACCUCCCCCGAUGGCCAUCCAGCAACACAGCCUGCUGCAGCCCGACUCCCAAGACGACAAGUCUGCAUCUCGUCUGUCCGCUCGUCCCAACAGUUCAGAGACACCCAGUGCUGCUGAACUGGUCAGUGCCAUCGAAGAGCUGGUGAAGAGCAAGAUGUCACUGGAGGAUCGUCCCAGUUCUCUGUCAGUAGAGCAGGGCGACAGCAGCUCUCCCUCCCUCAACCCCUCCGACAACUCCCUCCUCUCUUCCUCCUCACCCAUCGAUGAGGUGGAUGAGCGCAAGUCUGGCUUCUUCAAGAGAAGACAUUAUGUGCUUCUGGAGCUGGUGGAGACUGAGAGAGACUAUGUCAGAGAUCUGGGAUCAGUGGUGGAGGGCUACAUGAGCAGGAUGAAAGAGGAAGGAGUUCCCGAUGACAUGAGAGGAAAAGACAAGAUUGUCUUUGGAAACAUCCAUCAGAUAUAUGACUGGCACAAAGAUCUUUUCCUAGGAGAGCUUGAGAAGUGUUUGGAAGAUCCUGACAGGCUGGCUCCUUUAUUUGUCAAACAGGAGCGGAGGCUACACAUGUACAUCGUGUACUGCCAGAACAAACCUAAAUCUGAGCACAUUGUGUCAGAGUACAUUGACACUUACUUUGAAGACCUCAAGCAGCGAUUGGGCCACAGAUUGCAGAUCACUGACCUGCUUAUCAAACCUGUCCAACGUAUAAUGAAGUACCAGUUACUGCUGAAGGAUCUUCACAAAAUCUCUAAGAAAGCUGGAGUUGAUACGACAGAGCUGGAGAAAGCUGUAGAGGUGAUGUGCGUGGUCCCCAAGCGCUGCAAUGACAUGAUGAAUGUUGGCCGCCUUCAAGGCUUCGACGGUAAAAUUGUGGCGCAGGGCAGAUUGCUCCUCCAAGACACCUUCAUGGUGUCAGACCAGGAUGGAGGACUUCUGUCUAGGAUGAAAGAGAGGAGAGUCUUCCUGUUUGAGCAGAUUGUCAUCUUCAGCGAGCCCAUAGACAAAAAGAAGGGCUUCUCUUCUCCCGGCUACCUCUUCAAGAACAACAUCAAAGUGAGCUGGUUGGGUUUAGAAGAAAAUGCAGAUGACCCCUGCAAGUUCACGCUAACCUCCAGAUCAUCUAGUGGCAACCUGGAGAGGUACACGCUCCAUUCAAUGAGCCCUGGAGUCAGUCAAGUCUGGAUCCACCAGGUCAGCCAGAUACUGGAGAACCAGCGAAACUUCCUCAAUGCUCUGACAUCCCCCAUAGAGUACCAGAGGAACCACGUGGGUGGUGGUGGGCCGGGCGGUCCACCUGGCAGUAGCAGCAGUAGUACUGGAGGCCUGCCAGGAGGGAGCAGCUCCAACAGUACCUCCAACAUGGGAGGGGGAGGUGGCGGCGGCGGCUCUGGAGGAUCAGGGAGUAGCUCCUCAUCCCUGUGCGGCCCUCGCACCCGACCCUCCCGCAUCCCCCAGCCAUCUUCACGCCUCCCCCAGCCCGUCCACCACCACCAUCCCCCGGGCCCUGAGGGGCCCGACAGAUCAGCAGGUAUGUGGUCACCCUGCCUCCCCCAGUCCCUCCCCUCUAACCCCUACCCAGACACCACCACAAAUGGAGAGGUGUUAGCCUCAGAGGUCCCUAAAAUGAGGAUGCUGGAUAGUCCUCAUGGAAAUAACAGCAAUAACAGUAACACACCAUCAGACAGCAUGGAGAGUACUUUCAGACCAGGUCUGACACUACCCCCUGAAGAACCCCAGAAGCAUCAAACAGCUGGUAUACCACAGAUGGCUGUGGCUCCUCUGAAUUUGACCCUAAAAAACCCUCGAGUUGGGACAGUUUCUCCUCUGAUUUCACCUCAGUCCCCUGGAGGUGGAGGAAAGGAAGCAUUUGUCCCCUCCAGCCCAGCUCAUAAAGGCUCUUUCUGGGCUAUGGUCCCUGCUGUGCCUCCCUCUCCUGCCAGCCGGCCUGGUUCCUUCUCCUACCCCAGUGACAGUGGUGGUGGAGGGGACUCUUUGGGAAGAGGAAGCCACGGAAUACCCUCUCAUCACCGCCACUCCACCCACAGUAAGGACAUAGACCGCAUGAGCACCUGCUCCUCCACCAGCGAGCAGUCCAUACACUCCACCCAGAGUAACGGGAGUGAAAGCAGUAGCAGCAGCAGCAGUGUGUCCACCAUGUUGGUGACCCAGGAUUAUGUGGCAGUGAAGGAGGAUGAGAUCAGUGUGGUGCAGGGUGAGGUGGUCCAAAUGCUAGCCAGCAACCAGCAGAACAUGUUCCUGGUGUACCGGGCGUCCAAUGAGGUCUGCCCUGCCGCUGAGGGCUGGAUCCCUGGCUAUGUAUUAGGACAUACGUCAGCCUCCAUCACACCUGAACUCCCUGAAGGAACCAUCAAAAAAUCAUUAUCAUGGCAUACAGCGCUCCGUAUCCGCCGAAAGUCUGAGAAAAGAGACAAGGAGGGCAGGAAGAUGGAGAACGGCUACCGCAAGUCUCAGGACGGCCUGGCCAACAAAGUCUCUGUCAAGCUUUUAAAUCCCAACUUCAUCCAUGAUGCUCCUCCGGAGUUCCUCAUCCCUGUUGGCGAUGUAGCAUGUGAGAGUGGCGACAGCGUUACUCUGAGGUGUAAAUCGUGUGGUCGACCCCGGGCCACCGUCACUUGGCGGGGACCUGACAACAACACUCUGAGCAACAACGGACACUACAGCAUCACUUACAGUGAGACAGGAGAGGCAGCUCUUCGUAUCCUGGGAGCGUCUAUAGAGGACAGUGGUGUGUACACCUGUGUUGCCACAAAUGUAGCAGGCUCUGUCACCUCCUCCGCCAGCCUCAGAGUCUCAGGAACCCCCGAGGAUGGCAGUGAAGUCCUCUGGAAAAGCAGCUUCGAGUCCCACUACACAGAGAUCACUGAACUCGGAAGGGGCAGGUUCUCAGUGACUAAGCGGUGUGACCAGAGAGGGAGUAAACGGACAAUUGCAGCAAAACACAUAAACAAGAAGCUGCUGCGUCGAGAGCAGGUGCUGCAGGAGGUCAGACUCCUACAGGCUCUGGAUCAUCCCAACCUGGUUAAGCUGCUGGACACGUAUGAGACGGCCAACAGCUACGUACUUGUACAAGAGAUGGCAGACCAGGGACGUUUCCUGGACUAUAUAGUGAGCUGGGGCAACCUGACGGAGGAGAAGGUGGCUCUCUACCUCAGAGAUAUCCUUGAAGCUCUCCACUACCUGCACAGCUGGAGGAUAGCACACCUUGAUCUCAAACCAGAGAACAUUGUGGUGGAACAUGCAUCAUCCCAGCCAGUGAUCAAGCUGACAGACUUUGGUGAUGCCAUUCAGCUGAACCCUCCCUCCUUCUACACCCAUCCUCUCAUGGGGAGCCCAGAGUUCUCUGCUCCUGAGCUGAUCCUGGGUCAGCCUGCCUCACUUAUGUCUGACCUCUGGAGCUUAGGGGUGGUGACCUACGUCGUACUAAGUGGCGCCUCUCCCUUCCUGGAUGAAAGUUUGGAGGAGACGUGUCUGAACAUCUGUCGCCUGGACUUCAGCUUCCCCGAGGACUACUUCCAGGGUGUGAGCCCAGCUGCCAGGGACUUUAUCUGCCUGCUGCUCCAGGGCGAGCCGGAGCGACGGCCCCCUGCAGCGUCCUGCCUGCAGGAGCCCUGGCUCCAGCCUCGAGCUGUGAUAAACAGAGACACUGGCCAUGCCACCUUAAAUCAUACGCAGCCACCAGCGCUGCCACCAUCUCAGAAUCACCAACAUCUGGACACCUCCAGACUCAUCUCCUUCAUCGAGAGACGGAAACACCAGAACGAUGUUCGGCCCAUUGGCACCAUUAAGGCCUUCCUUCACAGCCGCCUGCUCAACCACACCUAACAAAGAGGUCACUAUGUAGAUGUGAAAGCAACAUGUACUGUGGAGUAUUGAAGGAAGUCCUGCCUUUCCAGAAAACUAUGGAGGAUGAGUAACAAGUUAACUUUGUUCAGUUGAGCUGUGUUACUGAAAGGACCACCAGCAACAUUUCCACAAUGAUCACUUUUUCCCUCAUUAAGCCACAAAAGUCCUGCUGCUGCUGACUGACCGACCUCUGCUGAUAAACCCUUUGACUCUCCCUAACUCCCCUCCUUAACCUUGGCAUAUUGUCAUUAUGCCUGCACAACAAAUGAACUGUUGGAAUCUGUUUAAGAUUUCAAACCUUGACUUAGCAGGGAGAGAAAACCGAGCUUUCUCAACACGCUUCCUCAGCAAGCUUGAGCAAGUGUUGUGUUUCGGACAGUGUUGAACAGAGAAAAUAGAAUACUGUAUAAUAAGAGUAAUUCAGGCUGCUUUCGGUUGAACACAAGAAAAUGUUUUUUUGUAACGAGAGAUUACUUUUUGUAAAUGAAACCAUGUACAGUGAAGUAACAGAGAACUGUCUUUAUUCAUACCUUUUGGAAAACAAAGGUGAGUUAGUACGUAGAAAGAAAACAAGAGAAGUGAGAUGUUUGAACAAAGGGGCACCCAUCAGCAGGGUCCACUUAUUCUAGAACAAGAUGAAGACCAAAACCAUGUUUUCCAGAAACACAUUAUAGUUACAUCCAGUGCAAUAGUUUGCUUAUCUUUAUGCCCCCGUUCAGUUUGAAAGGUUAUAUCAUUUCAGUUUGUGACACUAAGAGAAACUAAAUUGAACAAGCAUUAAAGCUAUUUGGCAAAACUUCUCAGAUUUUUACCUGCAUCCGCCUUAUUUGUAAAUAACGUAUUCCUGCCUUUCAUUCUCAUUUUGAAGAAUUUGUCUCAAAUGAACAAAAGCGAUUUCAUUUGCUGAGUAAAAGUGAGUCCAUGCAGUUGGUGAGGUUACUCUCUGAGGACCCUCGGCAGCUGGAUUUUCACUAUGAACAAACCGCUACUAGAAAUGCACUCGUAUUUUGCAUCAAUUCCCAUGUGCAAUGUUGCAGCUUUAACAUUUAUGCAACUAUUUAUGAAGACUUUGUGUUGUAGCCGUAUUCUUAAAAAGGCAUGUACGUACCUGGUACUGCGAUAGAUGUCUGUAUUGUGUUAACUCUUAUGUAUUAAGUUCAGUAUUAAUAUCUGCAAAAACCUCAGACAAGAGGCGGGUUUUUCGGAAAUAAUGUAUAAAAAUGUGUAUCUAUAAAAUAUAGGCACUUAUGCUUUCAUUUUGUCAUUGUUAAGUUUUUAUUUUCUGUAACAAUACCAAAGUUGACUACGCUUUCUUUUCCUGCUAAAAUGUGUUAGUUUUCUUAUGAUUUCUCAUGUUAAGUUAUAACAGAUCACACUGAACCAGGACAUAUGAGUGUUUACAUAGGUUCAGUCUGGAUUUAUUUAUUCUUAUUGUAAUAAGAAAUUGUGUGGUGGUUUCUUGCUGAAAAAGUCUAAUAUUUCACUUGUUUCAAGCUGUGCACAAAGUGGUUUGCUGUGUGAGUUUGUUUGGCUUUUGUAGGUAGAUACUGAUGUUUGUCGCUAGAGUUUAUUAGCAUCUCAUUUGGACGUCAUAAGACGGACUUGGUUGACACUUUCACCAAGCAGUAGGUCUGUACAAAUGUCUCAUUGUGGCCCAUUCACCGCAGACUUUAAAUUAUUGGAGAAUUAAGCAUUAAACCUUUUAGGAGACACCCAGAUAUUUUACCACCGAAUAGUUCAAAUGUAUCCCUUUUGAUAAAUAUAUUUCAGCAUUAGCAGAUUAUCUUCCAGUUAUUUUCAUUUGAAUGAUUUGAUGUCUUUAGGUAACGACGUUGUUAAAGUGCCAGUUGAGGGAGUAAAUCUAGAGAGGUGGGUGGAACUAAAAAUGUUCAUUGUUUCUUUUUUUAUUUGAAGCCUGUAAGAGUUACUGUCUGAUUUGAUGAAGACGUCAAUAACAUGUUGAGUUUGUUGGUCUGUACAGUCUAAGUCUCACAUUUUGUGUCAUUUUUAUUUAUUGGUGUGGCUCUAGGUUUCCCAAAAUCAUGCUGUUAAUCAGUUUAUCAAAUUCUCUUAAAGCCUAUUAAUGGAAGAAUAUGAUCUAAGUAAUAAAAUGCCUUUGGGAGACCCAGCCUAUACAUGAUGUAAAGAUGUACAGAGGGUCGGGCAGUUUGCCCACAACCAGGAUGUAAACCUCAUAACUAUGUCAUAUUUUAAAUACACAUAGAACAAGACUGCAGCAAUGUCAUUUUGAAUGUCUUAUUAUGACUUAUUUUUACUUUUGCAUGUAUAUUUCUUUGUACAGAAGAUUGUGUUUACAUGUUACUAAGUGUUGUAAAUAUUUUAUUUUGUCCUCUGUUAUUUUGCCAUUAAACGUACAAGGAACAAC